UGAAUUGCAUAAAGAAAGUUCAGGGUUCACCAAUAAAAAAAAUAUCAUUAAAAACACUUUUUUACGUUAUUGUUUUUGUUGUUCCGAGUUCAGCAGCUGUACCUGAACGCAGCACACGGAUGUGCGUGACUUACGUCCUGCGGAAGUAAACAAUCCUCAGCUGACGUGGAGCAGACGGACCUCAGCAGCAGUCAGACUGGAUCAACCGGAGCUGAGUCCGCAGCUUUAAGGAAUAUUUGACGCUUCUGUCGCUGCGUUGUGGUGAAAUACAGUAAACAGGUCGUGUUCGUGUUAGUUAAACUCCCGGAACAACUAACGGCUCGUUAAAACUUGUUUUUCCAGAGCACGAUGGCGGCAGCGGAGGAGGCCAGCAGGCCGUUCGCCGGGCUGUCGGACGUCUCCAUCUCGGAGGACAUCCCGGUGGAGGGGGACAUCGCCGUGCCCAUUGGCUCAUCUCGGCGGGACGAUGAGUUCUCCACGCUGGACGAGCCGGUGAAGGAGACCAUCCUGCGGGACCUGCGGGCGGUGGGGAACAAGUUCGUCCACGUACUGUACCCGCAGCGCAGCUCGGCGCUGCUGCGGGACUGGGACCUGUGGGGCCCGCUGCUGCUGUGCGUGACGCUGGCGCUGCUGCUGCAGGGCGGCGCGGCAGACAGCGACGAGCAGGGUGGCCCGCAGUUCGCCGAGGUCUUCGUCAUCGUCUGGUUUGGCUCCAUCAUCAUCACCCUCAACUCCAAACUGCUGGGCGGCACCAUCUCGUUCUUCCAGAGCCUGUGCGUGUUGGGAUACUGCAUCAUGCCUCUGACGGUGGCCAUGGCCGUGUGCCGGAUCGUCCUGAUCGGCGGCUCGGGCACGGUCAGCUUCGCCGUGCGGCUGGCGGUGGUCAUCGCGUCCUUCAGCUGGUCCACCUUCGCCUCCACGGCCUUCCUCGCCGACAGCCAGCCGCCCAACCGCAAGGCGCUGGUGGUGUACCCGGUGUUCCUCUUCUACUUUGUGAUCGGCUGGAUGGUCCUGACGUUCUCGCCGUCGCAGUAGAAGGAAAAAAAACAGAAAUACUGGAUUUGAGUUUGAACUGACAGAAAAGAGUGACAGAACUCAAACCGACACCAGAAUCUGCCUUUUGAACGAAGACGAAUGACUACUGAACUGACUGUGAGUGUUUGUGGGCCUCUGAUAAAGCAUUUAGACUCAUGGGACUCUUUCAGGGGGGGGGAGCGGCGACCGCUUGUACAUGGACUCAAAGAAGUCCAGCUGACGCCGCGCCGCAGACGGGGAGUGAAAAAUCUGAUGAAUAUGUUCAUAUUUUUCCAGUUUGUCUCCUAAAUAUGUUUACGAGUUGUGCAAAAUAAAAGUCUAAAGGCUUGUAAAUAGAAAAAAAACGCUCAAUGAAUGUUUGAGGAGCAAAUA